UUAGUUGCCUUGCGCCGAGAAACAGUGGGCAGGAAACGACAGGCAGAGAAAGACUAGUUCACGCGUUCCGACACCAUGGCACAGUACAAAUAACCGAAAAUGUGCUCCACGUUAUAUUACUAAUGUUCGGGAACGGCCACAGUCUUCGGCUUCUUAGCAAGACUUUUGGAGACGUUCCUCGAAAGCUUUUCCGCCGAGGGAUUUGACAAGUCCCACCCGUGAAAGGUGUCUGCGGUCUAAAAACAUCGGGGUGGACCGCGGGUGGUAAGUGGAUUCGUAUAGAAGGGCUGUCUGCUUUCUGGAGCCAUGAGGGAGUAUAAAGUGGUUGUGUUGGGCUCGGGCGGCGUGGGUAAAUCAGCAUUGACGGUCCAGUUUGUGACGGGAUCCUUCAUUGAGAAAUACGACCCCACAAUAGAGGAUUUCUACCGAAAGGAGAUCGAGGUGGACUCGUCGCCCUCUGUUCUGGAGAUACUGGACACGGCCGGGACCGAACAGUUCGCCUCCAUGCGAGACCUGUACAUCAAAAACGGGCAGGGAUUUAUUUUGGUCUACAGUCUGGUCAACCAGCAGAGCUUCCAAGACAUCAAGGCAUUGAGGGAUCAAAUCAUCCGAGUGAAAAGAUACGAAAGAGUGCCAAUGGUAUUGGUUGGAAACAAGGUGGACUUGGAAGGCGAGAGGGAGGUCUCUUCCGGGGAAGGCAAGGCGCUGGCUCAGGAGUGGAAUUGCCCGUUUAUGGAAACUUCUGCAAAAAAUAAAGGCUUGGUCGACGAACUGUUCGCAGAAAUCGUGAGACAGAUGAACUAUUCUUCUUUACCCAGCGGUGGAGAUCGCUGUUGUUCUUGCGUGCUUCUCUAAGAAAACAUGUUUCGUGCAGAUGUGAGUGUUUCAUCUAUGUGAAAACCAUCAAACAAGUCCUUUGAUAACUUGUUAACAAAAUGAUACGGUCUCUUUUUUUUUGAUUAGGCGGCGGUCAAUAUAGAAAGCUGCCCACUGUUGUAUUAUCGCACACACCAUCGAGGAUGACAACAUUCGAUAUUGAUAUAGCCUAAAAAGUGUUUACAUGACAAAGUACUUGAAUGUUUAAGUUUUUAGUUCAAUAUCAAACAGCUUUGUAUUUGACACUUCUCUGGAAACGUGCCUCGAUGGGAAUGUCUUAUUGUGAAACACUGUUGCUUUGUUUUGCUAUGAUAAUAUUACGUGGGAUUGGAUUACUGUUGAGUUGUACUUUUUCACAUCUUCUGGGCAGGAGAGAUGGAUUGGGGGUCUCCCCCCUCUGCUGAACAGGGAGGGUCUGCUUUCUGUGGAUUCUGCUGGGCUCAAGGAACAAUUGCGCCCCCCCCCCCAAAAAAAAAUUGGGAACUCCCUGCAAAAGCUCUUUUUUUCUCUCUCUUUUUUUGGUUCAGUGUCAAAUAAACCCCAUAUGCCAGUCAGUAAACCUGCACUGUUCACAGUCAGUAAACCUGCACUGUUCACAGUCAGUAAACCUGCUCUGUUCACAGUCAGUAAACCUGCUCUGUUCACAGUCAGUAAACCUGCUCUGUUCACAGUCAGUAAACCUGCACUGUUCACUGGAAUUAGCUGAAAGCUGAGCAUCCUGUUCACAUAAGACUAAACAUAACAAAUAGCUUGAACAUCAAGCUGUGGUACAUUACCUGUUGAAAAAAAAGCCUACUCAAGACAUGGGGCGUAUUCAUUACGCAGAUUCUGUUGCAAAACGGAAGAAAACGGGGGUGACCUACCUGAAUUUGUCCAAUAGAAACUUGUUUUUCUCUAUUUGCUUACAUUUGGUUCUUAAACGGUUUCCAUAAUGAAUACGCCCCUGGAAUGUGGUGGUUUGUGGUUUUUCUUUGGGACUGGUGAUGAUGUUGGAUUGAAUACAAAACUUGCACUUCCCUUGCCAGUGUCACUCUUUACACAAACAAGGACCUUACAGAUGUUACUGACAUGACAUGGAGAAUACGCAUGACUGGACCCCAUGUCAAGUGCCUUCCUAAGAAUUACACUUGUCUCCAUGUGCCAACCAAGGAGCCCUCUAAUCACAACAGUACUUUACAGUUUCAGGUUGAUUUCAGUUGGGCUCAUAGUGUUACUUUUUGUAUUUUUCAGAGAGGAAGUUGAGGUGUAGACCCUCCCCACACACACACACACUGGUACUAAUUCACCGAGAAUAUGAACCCACGCAGAUUUAUGCUGUGGAGUUCAGAGAAAAGUAAGCCAUGUUUGUGUUUUAAUUUGACAUUUUUAUGAUUACUUUCUGAAAUGUGAAAUCCUGAUUCAAUUGUAAUUUUGACCUCAAGUCUAUUACUACCCACCUGUCUGGUUUGGAGGACUUUCGAAUACAAAAGGCAUUUUCUGCAA